UUAUCAUUGAUGUAAAUGACAAUGCAUUGUAAACAGACCUUUAUGAUAAUAAUAUAGUAGAUUGUAAAUAUGUGUCGUUCCACGGGGGGCAGCCCAUCUUCGAUUCAGUUAAAUUCAGUAAUACGUCGGCCGUCGCGCAGUAAACACGAUGGCUGAUAAAGUUGCAAAACUUAGCUACAAGACGUUAGCGAGGAGCUAUAGCACAAAGGUGCCAACAAUCCCGAAAUCUGACUUCAAACCGAAACAGUAUGCUGGUCCAUCAUUUCAAAAGAUCGAAGCACUGAAGAGUGACCACAUACCGCCAGCAGUGUACAACAUCUACAAGAAACCUGUUCUCCUGCACCAGGGGCACAAGCAGUGGCUGUUCGACCACGAAGGUCGAAGGUAUCUGGACCUCUUUGGUGGAAUCGUCACUGUCUCUGUUGGCCAUUGUCAUCCCAAAGUGGUUGGAGCAUUACAAGAACAAAUAAACUCAUUAUGGCACUGCACGAACAUUUAUCGACAUCCAAAGAUCUAUGAAUACGUCGAGCAACUCGUCGCGAAGUUUCCUGGAGACUUAAAGGUGGUGUACUUGGUGAACAGUGGGACGGAGGCCAAUGACCUCGCGACCCUCCUGGCGAAGGCCUACACAGGCAACUUGGACGUCGUGUCCCUGCAGAGCAGCUACCAUGGAUACUCGUCCGCCCUGAUGGGACUCACCGCCACCCAGUCCUAUAGGAUGAAAUUACCUGUGCCUCCUGGAUUUUACCAUACAAUGUUACCGGACCCCUUCAGAGGUAUCUGGGGCGGGUGUCGCGACUCGCUGUCCCAAGUGCCUGGCGCUUGUUCCUGCCCUGGCGACUGCGUCACCGCCGACAAAUAUGUUCACCAGCUCAGUGAGCUUCUAGAAAAUUCGAUACCAAAGGGACGACUGGCGGCUUUGUUUGCGGAGUCCAUCCAAGGAGUCAAUGGCACGGUGCAGUUUCCAAAGGGCUAUUUGAAAAAAGCACAUGAACUAGUCAAGAAGUAUGGAGGACUGUACGUAGCUGAUGAAGUUCAAACAGGCUUUGGACGAACAGGAGACAAGUUCUGGGGUUUUGAGAACCACGACGUGAUCCCAGAUAUUGUGACGAUGGCCAAGGGUAUUGGCAAUGGUUUCCCCAUGGCUGCCGUGGUCACCACCAAGGAGAUUGCUGCUGCCCACGCCGGUACCACGUACUUCAACACGUUUGGCGGAAACCCCAUGGCUUCGGCUGUUGGCAAAGCUGUUUUGGAUGUGAUCGAAGAAGAAGGAUUGCAGAACAAUUGCAAAGUUAUAGGAAAAUAUUUCAUCGAACAACUGAUGCAGUUGCAAAAAGUACAUCCGAUCAUUGGAGAUGUGCGGGGGAAGGGGUUGAUGUUGGGCAUAGAGUUCGUUGAACCCGGUACCAAGGUGCCGUUGCCUGUUGCUGAAAUGAACGCGAUACACGAGGAUAUGAAGGACAUGGGCGUUCUGAUUGGCCGUGGAGGACGCUGGAGUAAUGUAUUAAGAAUAAAGCCGCCAAUGUGUAUAAAUAAGGAAGACUUCACAUCAAAAGUUAUAAAAUGUGAACCAACGACCGAGCCGCUGGUUGAGUACGGGAAGACAUCACAGUUCCAAGGGUACCAGGUGACGUUGGAGAACACUAUACUGUUUCCUGCGGGAGGUGGACAACCACAUGAUGUUGGUCGGCUGAAUAACAUUGAAGUCGUUCAAGUGUUACGCAAAGGAGAUGAGGCUCUACAUUUCACGAGGGAGCCCAUUGAAGUGGGCACUGUGGUGGAACAGGAGAUCAACUGGGACCGACGAUUUGAUCAUAUGCAGCAGCAUUCAGGUCAGCAUUUACUGUCAGCCAUUUUAGAGAAGGAAUAUAAUCUACCGACCACAAGCUGGUGGCUAGGUUUGGAUGAAAGCUAUGUUGAGUUGGACUCUACAAAAGUUAGCGAAGAAGUGAUAAAAGCUGCUGAAAAUAGAUGCAACCAAUUAAUCCAGGAAGCUAUACCAGUCACUGUGAAGUUCUGUAAGGCUAAUGACCCAGAUUUAAAUGAGGCUCACACUCGAGGGCUGCCAAAAGACUGUAUGGAGACAAUCAGGAUUAUAUGCAUCGGUAAUGUAGAUGAGAACAUGUGCUGCGGUACUCAUGUUACUAAUCUCAGCCAACUUCAAACGAUUAAGUUAACGGGCAUUGAGCCAGGGAAGAAGGGCAAAACCAACCUUAAGUUCUUGGUGGGAAACCGAGUUCUUAGAACCUUCCAACUGAUGCUGGACAGAGAGAAGGCCUUGACUGGAUUACUCAAAAACGAACCAACCAGACACGAAGAUUUAGUUCAAAAAUUGCAAAAGAACUUGAAAAUAGCCAACAAGAACUUACAAACAGUCCUGCAAGAACUCGCUCAGUUUGAAAUAGAGAGAAUAAAGAGUUCAAACCCGAAGCCGAAGUAUGUAAUUAUGUUUAAAAAGGAGGCUACCCCUGAGUUCAACCGGGCUGUUAUCAAGGGCUUGGAGGGCGAAGGCCUAUUCUUGUUCUUUGCUUCGGAGGAACCUGAUAAACCGAAAGAGGGACAGAUUAUUAUACAAGGCCCCGAAGAACACUGCAAUGCUUUGGGAACGAAGAUCACAGAACUCUUGAAAGGCAAAGGUGCAUUUAAGAAUGGCAAGUUUCAAGGCAAAGCUGGUGAUUUGAGUGGCAUGAACAAAUGCAAAAAAUUGAUUGAAGACUACUUUAAUAGUCAAUAAAUAAAAUACUCACAAAUAUUCA